ACUUAGCAGCGAAAUGUGUUCAACCAAAGUGUUCUCGCCGGCGGCGGCGGCGCUGGCGACAGUGAUCGCCGUCCUUGCGGUGGCCGCCGGGGCGUCCGCUGCCCACUGGGACCACGCGGUCGAUCUGGACGAAAACUAUCGGCUGCUGUGGAGCAUCACCGGACAGGACAUCACGUUCGAGGUGCAGGCCCGCACCCAGGGCUACGUCGGGCUCGGCUUCUCCACCGAUGGCACCAUCUACGGCGCCGACAUCGUCAUCGGGUGGGUCGAUAAUGGCCAGGUUCACUUCCAGGACCGGCACUUCAAAAUGAACAGCAACGGCGAACCGCACGUGGAUCCGUCGCAGGACUACAUUCUGCUGCUCGGCUACGAGAACGCAACCCACACGGUGCUGCGCUUCCGCCGGAAGCUCGAUACGUGCGAUACGGCGCAGGAUGUGCCGAUUACGAACGACACGAUACGCAUCAUCUACAUGUACCACGCCCGGGAUCCGAAGAAUGGGGCCCAAGGUAUCGGUACGCUGCCGGACCCGGCGGACGCGUUCAAGGACUCGGUGCCGAUCUUCCUGACGCAGCGCGUCAACCAGGUCCCGAUCGAGCUGGACUCGCGCACCCGGACGCUCGAGCUGCGCAACAAGGACGUCCCGAUACCGCAGACCGACGACAGCCUGCGCUGGUGCACGAUGUUCAAGCUGGAUCAGUUCGUCCGCAAGCAGCACAUGAUUCGGUACGAGCCGCUGAUCGAGUCACGGUCGAACAUCCCACACCUGAAGCACAUGGUGCUGUACGAGUGCCAGGGAUCGUCCCCGGAGCUGGAGAUCAUGUCGCGAGAGUUCGGCCGUUCGUGCGUGCAGGCCGAAAAGGAGCUCCUGGCGUGCAACUCGAUCGUGGCCGCUUGGUCCCGCGGCUCAGAGGGCUUUACGUUUCCGCUGGAGGCCGGCUACCCGCUCGACUCGUACCAGGCCCGGUUCUACAUGAUGGAAACGCACUACACCGGGUUCCAGAGCAACUCGGUCGACCUGACGCCACGGGUCGACAACUCGGGCCUGCGGCUGUACUACACGACGACGCUACGCAAACACGAUGCGGGCGUCCUCUCGGUGGGGAUCCAGCCAAACUGGCGCCACAUCAUCCCACCCGGGCAGGAUCGGGUCCUGUCCGAGGGCCACUGUAUCGAGGAGUGCACGCAGCGCGCGUUUCCGCGCCCCGGCAUCAACAUCUUCGCCGUGAUGAUGCAAACGAACCACAUGGGCAAGCAGAUCCGCCUGCGGCAGGUCCGGCAGCGCGAGGAGCUGACGCCCGUGGCGCACGACACGAACGUGGACGCGAACUACCAGGAGUUCCGCCGGCUGCACAGCCCGGUGAAGGCGCUGCCCGGCGAUCGGCUGAUCGCCGAGUGUACGUACGACAGCACCGGCCGCAAGACGAUCGCCCUCGGGGGGUACACGUCGCGCGACGAGACCUGCCUGGUGCUGAGCCUGUACUACCCGCGCCAGAAGGAGCUCACCUCGUGCCACUCGAUCCCUAGUCUACCGACGGUGCUACACGCCGUCGGCAUCAACGAGCUGGCGGUCGGCGCAAACCCGAUCCGGAUCGCGUCGCCACCGGAGAUUGCGGGCAUGACGCUCGAGGAGCGCCUCCUCACAUACGACUGGCGGGUCAACUUCAACGCCUUCCAGUACGUCAUCCGGAAGGGGGCCUUCAAGCCGCUCUGUUGGAGCGCCCGCAACACUCCCAUCCCGGGUACGGACAGUAUCGAUGCUUACGCGCCGAACCUGACGAAAAUCUGGCGCCCAAUGCCGACGUGUAGCUUCAACGGGGCGGGCCACCACCACCAGGGCAGCGGCGGGCCGGCCGGCGGUACGGGGUACGGUAACUACAACAGCGUCAAUCGGUUUGUGACCGAGCGCGACAUCAGCCUCGACUGGCCGCCGCUCGAGGACGAGCGGACGAACGUGAUCGAGGGUGCGGCCGCCCGCAGCAAGUCGAUCCGGAGCUCGGCCAGCGCCACGAUGCCCACCACCAGCCUUGCCGCCGGACUGGCGGCCGUGUCGCGGAUGAUCCUGUUCGUCAUCUUCAUCAACACGGUCAGGUUAACGCUGUGAGAUGCGACCGCAGCGGCGGCUGCUGGUGCUGGUGAAGCCUUCCCGAAGGCGAAGUUGUGAUAAGCGCAUGGCCAACAGAGAUAGAGAGAGCGAUGUUCGGGGCGAAGAAAGCUGCCACUACUGGGGCGGCAGCCGGUGGGGCGGCAGCAAGUGAUAUAAGACUGGGUCUGGGACCGAUGGGGGCAACAGUACGUUAGGUGUGCGCGUAACCGCUAUAGACUUUUUACCGGUCUCUAUUCGGGUAAUUCCUGCCCGUCUUUUACCAGAACGUCUUUCAGCCGGCGUCGCGUGACAGUCAAAAACCAAUAGAGAAACAAAUGAAACACAACGGACGGACGGACACAUCAUCACAAAACACGUUAACUAGUCAUUGUACGAAUCGAGAGAUGCGGCGUCGUGGUCGUGUGUGUGUUGAGUAGUAUGUAUUUAAUUCAGGGAGCUGUAUAUGUAAAUGAGGCAGCAGACAAAUUGUCGCCUUUUACGGAGCUGUGUGUAAAUAUAGAGAGAGAGAUAGAGUGCAGGAUCUGUCCGGGAGCUCUCCGGAACUCCGGUCUUUAAAGUGCGCCAGUUUUAGCAUUGCAAAGUUUAAAUGAAUUCCUUGACCACAGAGAGGGCUAGCGAACCGCCCCGGGAACGGAAGCGGAACCGGGCGGUAGCCAACCAACUAUUGUACAUAUUGCUAGUAG